AUGGCUAUCUUCAAAGCGGCUUACGACCCAAAUGUUGUCGCAUUAUCCGCAACAGAUACCGACUCUAUCGCGUUUCUGAAUGCGGGGGUGGACAGGAUUGGUAGCCCCAAUUUUGAAGCCGGAGGCUUUCGAGCUACAUCGAUUGCCCCUGUACUUGGCGAAUUGAUCCAAACAUAUAUAUUACUGACGCAAGCGGAUAAGUUUGGAAGUACACCUAUAUUCCUGUGGCAAGACAGCCAGGGAAUUGUGUACACUGUAACAAAAUGGUCAGGGCCCGUAUGUUAUAGUUACAGUAGCUCUUUCAGAGAUACCCCGCCCUCAUGUCGAAACUUCUUUACAAAGCAUGCUUUCGCUUCCGAUCUAUCUCACAUAUCAACUGCGCAACCGACAAACAAUGGAAUUAGCUCGGCAGUCCAUUACGUAGGGCUAUACAGUGCAGGGGAUCUACUUUACGCUAAGCAAUGGUCAAAGAGCGAGGGGACCAGCUAUUUUAUACAACAAAAGCUUGGUGGAACAUUAAUAUUUGCUGGAGAACCGCUUAUCACUCGUAAAUCACAUACAGAGUUCGAUAUUUGGGCCAUUUCCAAUACCCAAAAAUCAUUCCACCGAUCUUAUACUGGUACUGUGGACAUCGGUACUUGGACAGAGUGGGAGGAUCUCCGUGAAUACAACAGUCUUGCCAAGCCCGCAGUAGCUUACGACGCAGAAAACAACACCUAUAUAAUGACUCUCGAUCCCAAUAACAACAACAAAUAUAACUUUAAGCUCUAUGAUCCUCAAACCAGUUGA